AUGGCCGACGAUCCGUGCGGCGAACGCGAGGACCAGCGGGCCGGCAGCAGCGAGGUGACCAUCCGGCGCCAGGUGUCGCUGAGCGUGAGACCGGCCGCCGCGUCGCUGCAGGAUGAAGCGGCGCUGCUCGCACAGCUGGACCCCGGGCCCGGCUGGCCACAGCUCCCGGAUUACGCGUGCUCCGACCUGAGCUUCGAUGGCACCGCGGGCGCCUGGCCCCCACUGCUGGCUGCCGCCGACGUAGGGCUGCUCGAAGGGACGAAAGAGGCGCCGCGAGGCGCCGCUCGCACGGAGCGAUCCUCACGUCUUGUCACCUCGUCGCAGGCCGACCGCGACGACAAGAGCGUCCCCGCCGCGAAGUGCGCUUCGUCAAGCGGCGCUGACUCGAUCGCGAUCCAAAUCGAAGAAGCGAGGGACUUCUCCCGCAAGCAGUGCCACAAGUACACGGCCAUUCGUCCCGCAGUUUCCGGCCAGUGGUCCUUCGAAACGCGUCAGGUGACCGGAUCGCCUACGGGCUCGGUCAGGGUGCACUGGGUCUCGAGCAAGACGGAAGGCGCCGCCGACGGCCCGCUUCCCGACGCGGCGACAGCAGCGGAAGCCUCGGGCGACGCGGCGCACGAUGACGCAGCACGACGAGACGAAGACGAAGCGAGCGGAGGAGGAGCGGCCGUGGCGGCCAAAGCAGUCCGCUCCAAGAUCAACGUGCUAGCUCCCACGACUCCCGCGGCCACGCGGAACGACGCCACAACUACGACGGCGGGGACCCUGGCGGAGGCGCACUCGGGCUCUUCGAUCGUUCAGCUGAGACCCAAGGAGUCGCUGGGUGACGUGAACAUCCGCGUGAGGGCGACCGGACACCAGUCGCCGGAGGGUAAGGAGGAGUUCGAGGUGGGCGUCGCCCCGUCCAGGAGUCGCACCAGCAUCCACCUGGAAGGGCAGAUACUCACCGCCACGUCCAGCAAGGCGAGUCUCGUUCACGAUUUCACGAUGGCCGCCGUCGGCAACCCCCAUCGGGUGCGCGACGUGGCGCCGCCAGCGGAAGAAGAAGACGCCGACUAUCCGCCGCACACGGGGUCUUCUCCGUCGAACCCCGCGACUGCGGCGACGACGGAACAGGGUGGCGAUGACGCAAAGAGUAAGGAAUCCGCAUCCGCGGAGCCUCCGGCGCCCGAGGGUCGACCGGCAGACCGAGUGCCACCGUCGCUGAAGAACGUCGAACGCGAACGCGUCGCUGGCAGGGAAACAUUCCGCGCUGCCGUAGUUCCCGAAGCGAACGUUCCUAGCCUGGGAUGCCUGACCAAGGUAUUGAGCGUCGCGCGUAGCGAUCAGGAUGGUCGUCUGUCGAGUCCGUACGGCUUGGGAGACAACAAGGCCGGCGGCCCUUUUCUGCGUGAGUUGUCAGUCGACGAGAGCGACGAACCGGCGGGUACCGCGGUCGCAUCGUCUCGCAGUCGCCGCUUGGGAGAAGCCAAAACUGUACGGUACGUUGCGUCGUCGGAACGAUUGGACAGGAUAUCAAGGGCCAGCGCCCGCUCAGGGCUGAGGGAAGAAUUCCUCUUUUCGGCCACGACAGUUGGCUUCAGCGAAAAAGAGCGCCAAGCCCUGCCGCCCGUGCGCGAAUCGGGCACACCCUCCUCGUCGCAUGUCCACCUGCGCCCCACGAGCCGGUUGUCCGAGUUCGGCCUUUCGGCGACCACUUUCGGCCUCACGGACAAGGACCGUCGUGCUAUAGCACCUAGCCACUCACUGGACAAGCGUUGGAGCUGCAAUCGUUUGUCACGUGACCGCACGCGAUCCACAAGCCGGUUGUCUGAAUUCGGCUUUUCUGCGACGACUAUCGGCCUCACUGACAAGGAUCGUCAAGCUAUAGCAUCUAGCCAGUCCCUGGACAAGCGGCCCAGUAUUAAUCGUUCCAAACGCAGCCAGCCUGACUUCAAGUCGUCCUCCAACAGGAGCCUGCAUGACUGCAUCAGCCCAAGUCACGAGGUUAGACGAGAAUUUGGUUUUUCAGCGACAACAAUCGGCCUCACUGACAGAGACGUGCAAAACUUGCCCUCUUCGAGAGACAGGUUUCAAGCGUCUGAAACUGCAGUACCUCAGGAGGCUUCAGGCAAUGACAUAAGUCGUCAAUCUUCAAGAACUGCGUGUGGUUUUGCGGAAAGAAGAUCUGGAGAAUUUCUCCCAGUCAGGAGCGUCAGCCACUUGGUGCCGCGUUCCAGUAGAUCGUCCGGAGUACUUCCACCGUCAAUCAUGGAAGGCCUCAUCAUACAAAACCUACCGCAAAAUGAAAAUGGAGGAAGCAGCCGAUGCGUUUUCGUCGGUGAUCUACACACAGAAAGCAAUGCAGCCGGCAGAUCGAAGCUGAAUGUUUCUAGCGAAAUGCUACAAAGCACGACGCGACCGUUACUUUCUGUUAUCGAUGAAGAAGAGAGCAGCACAGAUAUAGACGUCGACGGAAUCGUCCGGCGAAGAAAUGCUCGGCGGACGCUUAAAGUUACACCUUCCAGGGAACUGUUUGGCUCCAUCGAAGGGUCGAGCUCAUUCGACAAUUCUAAUCCCGCCACGUACAACAGUUCGAACCAGCCCGGGCAACCAAUAGGUAGCUUUUACGAGGAGAGACUUCAAGACCCCCUGAAUUUGGUCGGUUCCUCAUUCGAGUCACCGCGAAACAGGGCAAGUACAGUCCGAUUUUUAGAGAAUACUGCAGUGUCACACUGGGUUCCGGACGCCGCUCAAAACCCUUCUUCCGUAGAGUUUCAAGGACAACGGGGACAGAGCGCCAUGACCUUCCCUUCUGCCCACUCAAUGAUGGACUUUGAAACUGCCUACGAGACAGCACACAACUCCAGCGAAGCUCAGUCGCCAUUACCCGCGCUUGCUAUGUCAAGGCUUGGAGCUGUUAGCGUGUCGUCCAGCAGUUCGUUGGAGGUAGACGGUGUUCACUUUAACCAAGCGGCGCAGUUCCACACCAAGUCUGAGACAUCCGCGGGUCCUGCAAGUGCCCUCGGCAUUCCAGCACCCAACGGGAUAUUACGAAACACUGGCGAUGCUUUGGGGUCAAACUUUGGAAAUGAGCACUUCACUCGGACAGCUGCAAUAGGUAGGCAGCUGCAUUUCAACGAAGAUAAUAGCAAUUUCCUUGCAGAUCAGCAAAACCCAUUGGGUCCAAACGGCUCGAUGGCAGCACCAGGUACCGGAAGCGCCGAGCAAGUCUUGGGGCCACCUUACAGGGGGCAAUUUGGCUAUCACGCUGGUGCCGAGGACUGGUUGCCUUACGGCCGCUAUUGUGAGCCUCCCGUGUACCAAGAACUCGGUGCCACGAAAUGUGGUGCUUUUCAAGCCUCAUUCAGUGCCCCUAAGCCUCAAUUACGUGUGCCUUACCCAAGAAAUCCUGGUGUCGAAGCCAUCGUCGCGCCGGCAACCGGUGGGGUUCCUCGAAUGCCGUUGGUUCGGCGCAGAUCGCCCGAAUUCGCGCGCGGACAGCUUCCGUACGGCAGACUGAGGCUUUCCACAGCAGGUGCGACGAGAAAAAGUCGUCGCGUCGAGGACGUCUACCGACAGCACGACGUUCCGUACGUAGGGCCGAGAACCACAGUAUCGGCGCAACAGAACAUCAGAGUGGGUCAAGCUUACGGAUCGCGCUCGAGUCCACGCGCUAGACGAAGCGUGUCUCCCGCCCGUAGGAUGACGCAUGCAUUUCAGCAACGGCCUUACACCCCAGCAAACUUGCAGGGUCAGUACUGGGGAAACACGUACGUUCCCAGCAUUGUUAACUCGUGGCAUGGUGGUUGCUACGAGAAUCCGGCGUUCGAGCCCGUGCCCGCCCCAUUCGUAGAUACCAUGCCUGCGUCUCCGACUAGCGAAGCAAAAGGCUGGUGGAUACCAGAUCAGGAGUACCGGACGAGGAGGAAGAAAGCAGUUCUUCGGGUAGAAAGCGUGAGCACGUUCGAGAGUCACGAGAACGCCAACGAACCGCGUGCGCCGAGCGUACGGUCUCCGGCAGUUUAUAGGAAACGACCAUCGCAGGAAAAGAUCACGUCUACGAAGACAGUGCAGACGGAGGAGCGCGGUGGUAGCGCACGCUGCGUGGCGCCGACGACAACGGCGACGGGCCGGCCCAGUGUCAUAACCCCGAGAGUCAAAACACACGUGGACAUAGACGACAGUAACAGCGAAACAAGGAACGCCAGCUACACGCGCGUGAGAACGCAGACUGAAACAGUUCAGCAACCCUGGGCGCCGGUAGGAGGACCGCCGGACCACGCACGAAACGUGGAAGCGUCGUUCUUGUCGCCAAACUUUGGCACAAGCCCGUCCUACCCUGGUUACGUUAAUCAAAAUUUUGUCUGUCCCCCUUACAUGCCCAACUUCCGCCCAGAACUGGCGGCCCCAACAGCAGUGCCACUUUCUGCCACCCCUUUCCUGGGGCAGACGGCCCAAAUGACGCCUCCAGCUGCAGUCCAGAUGGCAUACUAUGGACAAAUGCCGGCAACAAGCCCUCCGCAGAGUGUCGGGCCACCAGCUUCGCCACCUGCUGCUCGCGCACAGAGUUCUUCAGAGCGAGCCACGGCUUGCCCACUAUCAUCCUGCUUCAAGGGGGCCUUCUCGCGACCAGAGGAGAGCUCGGAAGAGCAGCCGAAGAAGCGCGAGCCGCACUGCUGCCACCGCGAGCGAAGACGCAAGCGCGCCCGUUCUCCGCUUCCACCGCCGUCUGUGGGCAGCACCUUCACGGUGGGGUACGUGAUGAACUCGGAGAACGAGCUCAGUCCCGUUCUUAUGCCCUUAAAUGCUACGUCCACGCAGUCUCCGCCGAACGAAACCAGAGGCACCCAAUCCGUCGCACCGAGUGCACACGCUGUUUCGUCGCGGGGGUCGGCAAGCGAGGAGGACCCCGUGGCGAAAUUGGAGAAACGAGUCCAGGAGCAGAUCGUAGAAAUUGAGAAGGCCAUCCAGGAGCAAGACGCGAGGUGGGAGCAGAACGAGAUGAGGAAAAGAAAGGAAACCGAAAGAAAGAAGCCGCCAAAGGAGAAGACGGGCAGUGGGGCCAAGCGCAGAGACGGAAAACUGCGCAAUAUCUUCGUCGCGAAGGUGGAAGAAAACUCCAGUCAAGACGAAUGCGACACCGAGCCUCAGAGUUGGUUCUCAUGGUCACGAACAAGCAAAAGUAGAAAAGGUGUCCAGUUGAGAGUGCCACGGGAGGCACGCCCGGUUCGUUCCAUGGACACGCAGACGGAAGGGAGCUCCGCCAGUCGCGCUUCGUCGAAGGGGAAACUGUCAGAGGGGAGCGAGAAGAUCGCCAUCCCAGGAGUGUCCAGCAGCGAAGCCGUGCCUUCCGGAUUCACGUGGGCGACGCGCCGAAAGAAGUCUAUGCGGUCUAGUCCGCACGGCAGUCCUGGCAGUGAAGCCGCACCUCCUGGCUUCGCGUGCGUGACGCGGCGGAAAAAGCCUACUCAGUCUAGUUCGCGCGGUAGUCCUGACAGAGAAGCCAUGUCUCCUGACGCCACGUUGGAGACGCGCCGAAAGAAGGCUACUCAGCCUAGCCCGCGCGGCAGUCCUAACAGGGAAGCCGAACCUGAGCCUGGCUUCGCGUGGGAGACGCACCAAAAAAAGUCCAGUCAGCCUAGCCCGCGCGGAAGCCCCGCCCGAAAGGCCUUCUACACAGGCCAGCGCAGCCGUGGUGGGUCCCCACCUCGAGCGUCCGCAAAGACAGCACCCAGCCCCAAACAUAGCGGCAGGUCAAGUACCUUGACGGAUAGACGACAGCGGAGACAUCACUCGGAGGAGCGCAGCACGCCGUCGCCGGACAUUGUGCUCAGCGGCGCCGAAGCAGACACCGACACAGACAACGCCCUCCUGGCAAAGAUAAGGGUCGGUUUCCCUGGAGCCCGGAGAACGCAGAGGCGUUGGUCUCGAACGGAGAUGCACCGCUCUACUUCCUACGACACGGCGGCAUCGUCCCUGGCUCCUUCGUCGACCGCAGAGAGGCGCGUCCGUUCCGCGGGACGGUUUCCCGGCGAAAAGUCAAAGAAGCCGUCCCGCGACACGGUCAGCGAAGUCCCCCCGUCGUCAUGUUGGCAGUCCGUGUGCAACCUUUUCGGAGGACCAGAAGAGCAACCGUCUUCCGAGAAGGCCGCCGGCGCAAAGAAGUCCAAGAGCUGCUGCAGUUCCGUGUGUGACCUGUGCAGGUCCUCGUGUGACGAAGCGCCCCGACCGUACAAGAAAUCGUCGCCUCGGAGAAGGUCGCCAGAUGUCGUUGCACCAUUACCCCCUCCGCCUGUGAUGCCGCCGCCUCCUGUGAUGCCACCGGCGCCUAUCGGCUAUCCUCCGCUGCCGCCGAAGCCAAAGUUCCGACGGCGGAACAGCAGCUCCGAAGACGUAGCCGAGAAAAGCCAAGAAGAAGAGGCAAAGCCUGCCUCUAGGGGAAGCAUGCUUUCAAAUAUCUUCAACUGGUUCUCCUCGCGGAGCGGGGACAAGCAGGACGAAGGCGAAACGGGACGCAAGGACACGAGACAGGACAACCAGGGCAGCAGUUAUCAGAGCUGGUUAGCGAAAAAAGAGCGCGCCCUCAAGAGAGACGAGUACAAGCUCAGAGGACCACACGGGCAUGCGGCCACACAGUCGCGAGAGCACUCAGCCACCCGAUCCCGAGAGCCCCCGCCAGUGCAAGCCUCGCCGAUGCCACAGGAGCUGUACUUCGAGGAGGAAGGUGGUCCUCGGUGGGUUAUUAAAUACUCUCCUUCUAAUUCUGCGUCGCCUGCGCAACUGGCGGUAGAUGGACCUGGCGCACCUGGCCCGCGCAAGUCCGCGAGCUCGCGCGAGAGAACGCCUCCGGUCUUGAGUGUCCAGCAGUCACCGGCAGGCGCCGGUGAAACGAACUGGUCAGUCCAGUACUUGUACGGCCCCAGCGGUUCUAAACAAGCAACGGCCGCACAGUUAAUCUCGCGGCCGCCGAAGAGAAUGCCCACGCCACCUUCUGUGGCUGUAGGCUUGCAAGGAAGCUGUGGGCCACCCGGCGCGGGACAAGGGCAAGCAAUGGCGGCAGGCUUCGGUAGACCACCCUCGCACGGAUUCGACAAUGCGCCCGACUGGUCUAUACGCAUAACGCAAGGUCGCGAGCACUCUUCGUCGUCGCGUGCCUCAGUCCGCUCCAAAGGCCCCGGAAAACACAGUCCUUCGGCCGGGUCGAAAGAAGCGCCACCCGAGAUGCAACCGUCCUUCGUCUUGCGGCUCGUUGAACCACGUCCACGAAGCCGAGGCAGUUCAGCCAAGUCGCUGGAACACACCCCGGAUAAGAAGAAGAGCGAGGUGUCCUUCAAGGAUAAGCCAGAGACCAAUGCCGUUGCACCGCCAGCAGAGCCGGCAGGUGCGAAGUCCGAGAAGAUGGAGCCUCCUCCUCCGGCAGCCGAUGCUGGGAAAGCGCAGCCGGCGCCUCCUAUCGCCGCACCGCGCGUGCUCCAGACGGAGGAGUCGUUCAAGCACGAAUUCUACGAGGAGAUGGACGAACGCGGCAGGGCGGCGACCAUGGCCCCGGCGGUCAUUCGGCCCGGCGGGGACAUUGCGCAAGCGGCCUCGCAGUCGGCCGCCCUGCGGAUGGCUGCCAUCGAUACGCUCCUCUCGCGUGGCGCCGUACCGCUGAAGACGCCCGAGGGCGCUACCGAGGCCCCGAAGAAGCCCAGCUCCGCAAGUGCGCCCAGCAAAGAAGAGAAGAAACUUCUGGAAACGCCGAAGGAAGCCCUACCAGACAAGCAGGGUCAAGGCGGCGCCUCGGCCGUCCUGCCGUUGUCGCAGUCCGAGCCGGCGCGCAACAAGGCCAAGGGACCCGAGGCCCCCAAGCCCCGCGGCAAGAAGGCGUCGCUGUCACCCGGCGAGCCGGCGCACACCAACUACGUGCUGGAGAUGAAGCGGCAGCGGCAGCCGUACUGGAGUGACCCCUUGUCGUACAAGUGUCCCAGCGUGCAGGAGGUGGCCGGCUACGCCAUCAUCACGGCCGUGCUCCUGCUGGGUCUGGUGUUGCUCGUGUCCGUGCCCAGGAUGCGCUCGCAAGACAUUGGCGCAUACUGAAAACGUGUUUCUGGUUUGCCUUGCAGCUCUGAAUGUCCAGCAGUGACAUUAUGCGGCGACUCCCAUCAUCUCCAUCUCUGCUGUUACAUACUUUGUUCACUUCCUCUCGCAAUAAAGCCAGGUUCGAUCAGGCUCACCAAAAUUAUAACCCAGCCGGACUCGCUCGAACUCACAGGCUCACAGGUCGGUUCCAGUCUGAGUGAGUCGACUUGAGUGAGUUUGCCGACCUGUGGUUGUGACCCUGCGCUGCAGCCCGUGCAGCCACCAAUCUGGGGGCACGAUUGACCCGCGCUGCAUGUGAAGCGAUGCUCUCGAUCACGUGUAAGCCGCAGUGCCGGCAGCUAUACACUGUAAAAUAAUUU